UUGCGUAAUAUUUUGUUUACCUUUUGAAGAGUUUAAUUGAGACGAUUAUGACUUUUUUGAAUUUAUUUAACCCCUUCAACAUUCUUGAUUAGAUUGUUUUUUUUUAAUUGUGACUGUGUUAUUAUUAUCAAGUGCUUAUUUAUCACCUAUUUAUUAUGACAACAUUUAUUUCUACUGAGCAUCAGCAUGUACGAUACAAUCCUCUAAAUGAUAAAUGGGUAUUAGUUUCACCUCAUCGUGCCAGAAGACCUUGGCAAGGACAAGUAGAAAAAGCAUUAGAAAAAGAUAUUCCUUCUCACGAUCCUGAUAAUCCAUUAUGUCCUGGUGCAAAAAGAGCAAGUGGUGAAAUUAAUCCAUUUUAUGAAAGUACUUAUGUUUUUCCAAAUGAUUUUCCUGCUCUUUUGGAAACUGUUCCUGAUCCAGGACCAGCUGACCAUCCUUUAUUUGUAUCAAGUUCAGCUAAAGGUGUUUGCCGUGUGAUGUGUUUUCACCCAAAGUCAAAUACAACUUUGCCUUUGAUGUCUGUGCAAGAAAUUCUUGAAGUGAUCAACACAUGGAUCAAAGAAAUGGUAGAACUUGGAGCAAAGUUUAAAUGGGUUCAGAUUUUUGAGAACAAAGGGGAAAUAAUGGGUUGCUCAAAUCCUCAUCCUCACUGCCAAAUCUGGGCAAGCUCAUUUUUACCUGAUGAACCUAGAAUAGAAGAUAUCCAGCAAAGAAAUUAUUUUUCUAAGAAUAAGGUUCCUUUACUUAUAGAAUAUUUGAAAGAAGAACUUUUAAGAAAGGAUCGCAUUGUUGUUGAAAAUGAUUACUGGGUUGCCUUAGUUCCUUAUUGGGCCGUUUGGCCUUAUGAAACCAUGCUUUUGCCUAAAAGGCAUGUUCUUAGACUUCCUGAUUUGAAUGAAGAUGAAAAAUCUUCUUUAGCUGUUAUUAUGAAGCAGUUACUAACAAAAUAUGAUAAUUUGUUUGAGACUUCUUUUCCUUAUUCUAUGGGAUGGCAUGGAGCUCCUACAGGAAGUAAUGAAGAGGAUUACUCUCAUUGGCAACUUCAUGCAUCUUAUUAUCCUCCACUAUUACGUUCAGCAACUGUUAAGAAAUUUAUGGUUGGAUAUGAAAUGCUUGCACAAGCUCAACGAGAUUUAACUGCUGAACAGGCUGCUGAAAAAUUGAGAAAUCUGUCUGAGCAACAUUAUAAGUUAUGCAACAAAUGACAAGAAAUAAGUGUUUAAAGAUUC